GCUCAGCACCUUGCCACAUAGCGCUGCCUGCAGGCACUAAGACCGUCGCCAAAAGGCGCGGCGGCAGCCGAGGCCUUGGCAUGCGAGCCUUGACAGAUGACGAGACGAGGUUAGUCUUCGAGAAGCUGAAGAAGUACAUUGGGACGAACUUGCGGCAGAUGGUUGACAGGCCAGAUGGCAUCUUUCUCUUUCGCCUCCACAAGGAGCGAGUCUUCUACAUGAACGAGCGGCUGCUGAAACAUGCAGGGCACAUCCCGAAGAAGGAUCUCCUCAGCGCCGGCGUGUGCAUCGGCAAGUUCACGCACAGCCGCAAGUUCCGGCUUCUGAUUACCGCGCUGGACUACUUGGCGCGGCUAGCGCAGUACCGAGUGUGGCUGAAGCCUUCCGGAGAGCAGCACUUCGUGUACGGCAACCACGUGGUGAAGGCGAAGACGCGAGCACGGGAAGGGCUGGUUAGGUUUUGGACAUACGUGUGCCCCACAUAUAGCAAGUGA